UGACUCAACAGAUUGAGCUUGUCCAAUAAGAGCAGUGUAAAGGCGGAGCUUCUCUCAUAUACACGUUACAAAUACAGUUGCCCGCAGUGGCCACCUUAACACAGACCUUUUCACCUGUCUGAGUACUCGGGGUCUUUCUCACACACAUACACAGGGUCAUCAUGAGUCCAAAGCACGUCAUUUACAAAAAGCUGUCACGUGACAAAUCGGUGGGUAUUUACAUGGGGAGGCGGGACUUUGUGGAUCAUUGUGACUCCAUCGAUCCUGUUGAUGGCGUAGUGCUACUGGAUCCGCAGCAAAUCAAAGGAAAGAAAGUAUACGUCAUGUUGUCAUGUACGUUCCGUUAUGGACGCGAUGAUGCAGAUAUACUAGGCUGGGCGUUUCGGAGAGAUAUCUACGUGUGCACGAGGCAGGUGUAUCCCCCGCUGCAGGACCUCGACCGCAGCAUCCACACCAAACUGCAGGAAAGGCUGUUGCGUAAACUCGGAAACAACGCCUAUCCUUUCUUCUUUGAGUUUCCUGAUAACCUGCCGUGCUCUGUGGCUUUGCAGCCUGCACCUACUGACGAGGGCAAGAACUGUGCAGUGGAGUUUGAGGUGAAGGCUUUCUGUGCUGAGAACCAGGAUGAAAAAGCUCAUAAGAGGAGCUCAGUGCGUUUAGCUAUAAGGAAGGUGCAGUACGCCCCUGAUAAAGGCGGCCCUCCUCCAUCUAACGAGACGACGUGCGAGUUCACAGUGUCGGACAAACCGCUGCACAUGCGCGUCGCUCUCGAGAAAGAGACAUAUUAUCAUGGUGAGCCCAUCAGUGUCAGUGUGGACAUUGAUAAUAGCUCCAGCAAGGAUGUAAAGAACCUCACACUAUCAGUUGAACAGGUGACUAACGUGGUGCUGUACUCUAAUGAUAAAUACACAAAAUCUGUAGCCUGUGAGGAGACCACAGACCUGGUGCCAUCUGGGACCAGCCUGAAGAAAGUGUACACUAUGUACCCCUUACUGCAGAACAACCGUGAGAGGCGGGGCUUAGCACUGGAUGGGAAGCUGAAGCAUGAGGACACCAACCUGGCUUCCUCUAGCAUAGUGAAGGCAGAGGUGCUGAAGGAGAUUUUGGGGAUACUGGUGUCCUAUAGAGUGGUGGUCAGAGGAACAGCAGCUGGCAUGAUCGGUUCAAGCGAGGUUGCUGUGGAGGUGCCAUUUCUACUCAUGCAUCCUAAACCUGUGGAAGUUAAAGAUGGUGAGGACAUGGACAUGGUGUUUGAGGAGUUCAAGCGCUCCUAUCUCAAAGGUGUGGUCGGCGAUGACGACGAAUCCAACGAGGACUCGUGAGCCUCUGGUCAUCUCUUUUCCCCCACAUCCUGUAUUUGCUAUACAGUGUUAGCAUAAACGUAUAUAAGCUGGAUAAAGCGCUAGUUAUCCGUACUAGCAAUCUGUGUUUCCUCAGCAACGUGUUUGCUAAAUAAUGAAUAAAAACGUAGUGUGUAA